GAGUGACAAAGUCAUUGUGCCUCGCAGCUUCCGGCUGUUGGACGAAUUGGAGAAAGGUCAAAAAUGUGAAAGAGCCUCGCACCUCUCCUGGGGCCUGGCGUAUGAUGACGACAUCACCCUAACUACAUGGAACGGCACGAUUUUCGGACCGAUCGACACGGCCUUUGACAAUCGCAUUUACGCCCUCCAAAUUGUUUGUGGACCCAAUUAUCCAGAUGUCUUGCCUGAAGUGCGCUUCACAGCUGGUAUCAACAUGAAUUGCAUCGAUUCCGAGGGAACCGUCAAGCCCACCUGGGGCGUCUUAGGCAAUUGGAAAAGAGAGUAUACCAUCGAAACUGUGCUGGACGCACUCCGCCGGGAGAUGUGCAGCCCAGCCAACCGCCACCUGGUACAGCCAGACACUGCACCUCCAGCGCCGAACAGCUGA